AUGGCUACAGAUACUGCAAAUUUAUUUCAUAAAAAACAUACACCUAAAAAAGGAACUAAAACAUCAGGAGUAUAUUUAUUUGGCCUUUAUCUUAAAAUAUUAGAUGAAGUAAGAAAAUCAAAACGAUAUUUGAAUGCAUUAAAGCAAGUUGAUCAAUGUAGUAACUCUAAUCUUACAAAACGGGCUGUUAAUAUUGAAAAAUUAAUGUUAACUGAAUUUAAUGAGAAAAUUUCAGAAGUCUACAAUUCUGAUGAUAUACUGAUAUUAGAAAGUCUAAGUUAUUCAGUUAAGAAGCAUAAUUAUGAGAUUAAUUAUGGAGAUAAUGAUAAAAUUAAAAAAAAGCAAAAAGCUGAGUUGAUAGCUAAAACAUUCAACAAACAAAAUAUUUCAAGAAAUUCUUAUCGAGAUUUAUGUGAUAUAGAGUUUCAUUUACCAUUAGAAAAGCAAAAUGUUGAACGACAAGUAAAACACAUAAUGAUAAUGAUAGCUAUUCUAGAUAAUAAAGAUACAAUACAACAACCAAAUUAUCAUUAUACAAUUGUACUUUACUCUGGUUCAGAAGACUAUGAGAUAUUAAUGAAUAUAACAGCUUCAUUUUGUGAUGAAGAGAUGAGUAGAAUUAAAGUUAGUUUUAAAUUUUGGCAAAAUCAUGAAUCUAAAGAUUGGGAUUAUAUCUCGUUAAUGGGAGAUGACAAACUCAAAAUAUUACAAUUCUUUGAUUUAUCAACAAUUUUCUCAAAAAGUCAUGCUAGUAUUAUAAGAGAAUUGUGGAACAAAUUUUAUGAGCUAUAUAGAAUGAUAAAGAAUCCUAAUACAAAGGGUGAUGACUUUCAGUAUCAUGCAAAAAAGUGGCUUGCCUUAUUUUUAUUACUAUCUGAAGGAAUUCCAAAUACUUAA